CCCAUUAGUUGGAAAAAGAAAAUAAAAAACACUGCAUUCCAAAAGAAAAAGUUGUUGGCUCUUUCUCACAAACUUGUUACUAUUACCUUGAAAGUUGUACUUUAGCUUCAAAUCCAAACAUUCCCAAGUUCUCAAAUGCUUCAAAACUCAUUUCAUUUCAAGAACUUCUUUGUAAUGGCUACUCUCUUUCAUUUCCCUACUUCACAUAAACUCUUCUUUUCUCCUACCCCAUCUCUUUGUAUACACCACAAUCAUCAUCAUUUCCUUCUAAUUUACCCUUCAAAACCAGCUAUUUGUGCUUCUAUUAAAAAACCAAGGGCAAGCCGGAAGGUGAAAAGCAAUGUUGAUCUUUGCAAUGACAUCAGAGAAUUUUUAUCUUCUGUUGGACUUCCUGAGGAUCACGUACCCACCAUGAAGGAGCUGUCACAGCACGGAAGGCAAGACCUUGCAAACAUUGUUAGAAGAAGAGGAUACAAACUUGUCAAAGAGCUUCUUUUAACUUCCAAACAACUAACCUAUGACUGCAGUGGAGAGGAUGGGCUUGUUGAGAAAAGUGAAGACGAACCCUCCGAUGGGAAGAUAACAGACAUGGCUUAUGAUGUUUCCUUGCCAAGUGAAGCUUCUGCAGCAGAUGACUACACGAAUGAUGCAAACAAUGAUAUAAUUCUGAAUUCUGAUGAGCAAAAUUCUGGUGAUCAAGAACCCUUGGGCUAUUCCUCCUUGGAGGAAAAGGUGGCCAAUUUUAUUCAGAAUGGAGAACUGGAUGGUGGAGAGGAUAGCGGCUUUGAAAUUUUUCAAGGAGGUGAGCAAGUGGAGGGAUCUGUUGAAGGACAGAAUGUUGUAGAAACAGAAUCUACUACUCCUACGGAGCAUAUAGAUCUUGUUUAUGACGGUAAUGGUGCUGAGAUAUUUAAUGGAAAUUCCAUGGCACAGUCCACCCAGCAUGUCAAAUAUCCUAGUAUGCAGACUUCUCCGAUGAGGAAUGAUAGCCUGUCAACUGAAGGGAGAAAUAGUGCUGAUACUGAGCCCCACAAAAUGGAGAUUGAAGCUGAAACUAAUAGUCUCAAGUUCAUGCUGCAUCAGAGGGAGCUGGAGUUAACUCACUUGAAGCAGCAGAUUGAAGAGGAAAAGCGAAAACUGUCUAUUUUGCAAAUCAAAGCUGAAACAGAAAUCAGAGAUGCACAAAGACUUAUUACAGAAAAAGAUGCUGAGCUAAACGCUGUUGAAGAUAGCCUUUCAGGACUGAAGGAGGUUGAAGUUCAAUACCGGGCAGAUGGAGAACAUGUUGAGGUGGCUGGCAGCUUCAAUGGGUGGCAUCACAAAGUAAAAAUGGAUCUACAAGAAUCAUCAGAUCCCAUUGGCAAAGAUAUACAAGCAUCAUCAGAUAUCAUAGAUCCCACUGGCAUGAGGGAACCUCGACUUUGGAAAACCGUGUUAUGGCUGUAUCCAGGGAUAUAUGAGGAAAAAAUUUCUAUGGCCAAACGGCUCCUAAGUCGGAAGCAAAGAACAAUCAUUGCAAGUGUAUCCAGUUUAGUUAAGUCCAAAAACAGAUGGAGAUCCAGGGACCAGAUAAAAUUUAUCGUUGAUAACCACUGGACAACUGAUCCUCAAAGAGAGUCUGUGACGAGAGGUUCAAUACACAACAAUGUACUGCGAGUUGAUAGAUGACUUGGGCAUUGCAUUCCCACAUGCAGAUACCGAGACAAUUGCAAGCAGCAGUAAGGAUCUAGUUUGAAGUUCAUUCAUGAAAGAUCAAUCAUGCAGUCUAUGGAUCAUGUUGCUUUUAUAUUGUUGCAAAUCAAUGAGCCGGUCCAAUGCAAUUUGAAAAGUUACAUGCUUCGUCUACCUUCAAAGCGCCUCGUCCUACUGAAGACACAGGCUAUAUUGGACUACUUGCACAGCAUAGCAGCUGCUGGUGUAAACGUUUAGUUGUAGGCUGUAGAGUUCUGAUAUGCACAUAGUUGAAUAAGAGGAAGCAAAAUGUAGUCACUAGGAUGAAUUUUGUUACUAUUGUGUUUGUACAAUGGUGAAUUCUUUGUAAAAUUUUAAUGGGGUGGCAAGUUUCCACCCUACCAUUUAAGCCAAUAUUGGCGAACUUCAGGCAAAA